AUGGGACCCAGAAAAUCUUCCUUUUGGAUGAGCUGGGAGGAAGAAGACCUUAAUAAUCAGUUUGUUGGCUCUCGGGUCAAAAUGGCGAGCAGGCCGGCCGUUUCAGCAUCAGGUCGGUGGCUGGAUGGUAUUCGAAAGUGGUAUUUCAGUGCUGCAGGAUUCAAUAAACUGGAGUUAAUGCAAGAUGAUAAGAUAUACGAGAAUGAAGAUGUGAAGGAAGCCAUAAGAAGACUUCCUGAGAACCUUUAUAAUGACAGGAUGUUUCACAUUAAGAGAGCCCUGGGUCUGACCGUGAGGCAGCAGAUCUUGCCAAAAGAGCAGUGGACAAAAUACGAGGAGGAUCAUUUCUACCUUGAACCAUAUCUGAAAGAGGUUAUUCAGGAAAGAAAAGAGAGAGAAGAGUGGACAAAGAAGUAA